UCCAAGGGGGUCACAGGCUCCAGGCUAGGAGCAUCAGAUUAGGUCCUUCAGGUUGUGACCCCGGUGUUGGGAGCGAUUCUGGGAGAUAACCGAUGCUCGUUGCUGAAUAGACGCCCCUCCCGGCCUCCAGUCCACUUCCCCAGCUGGGUUUUGGAGUGGACGAACGCGGGUGGGUCGCAGGGAUCCCGAGCGGGCAGCGCCCCCUGGUGCUCCCGGCAGGGACUGCGGCGCGGGGUGGAAGUAGGGGGCUAGGAACCGCAAGAGGCGCGUGCCGCAGGCGUCCAACUCCUACCCCGUGUCUGCCCUCCCAGAGUAGCUCCUGCGCGACAAGGGGGGCGGACAGCUGGGACUCUGCCCCCCUCCUACGUCUCCUGGCCCGCGGAGGCUGGGGCGGGGAGGAGCCGGGCUGGGGGCGGCCUGGCAGGAAGCAGCGCGUACCUUCCGCUGCAGGAGGAGCAGGUGGCUGCAGUGCGGGCCAGGGCCCCCAGGCUUCCUGUGUGCGCGCCCGCCCGCCCGCAACUGUUUCUCAUCGGAGCUCCUUGGGCCACCCGGCGGCCCGGCCUGGCCCCAUGGCCCAGACCCCCGACAGCAUAUCAUGUGAGCUGAGAGGCGAGAUCACCAGGUUCCUGUGGCCCAAGGAGGCCGAGCUGCUGCUGAAAACCUGGCUACCAGAGCGGGAGGGUGCUGAGCAAGGUCAUGUCCUGGCAUUGCUACGCUGGAGAGCCUACCUGCUCCACACCUGCCUCCCCCUGAGGGUGGACUGCACAUUCAGCUACCUGGAGGUCCAGGCCAUGGCGCUGCAGGAGACACCCCCUCAGGUGACUUUUGAGCUAGAGUCCCUGCCUGAGCUGGUCCUGGAGCUUCCGGGUGUGGCCGCUCUGGAACAGCUGGCCCAGCACAUCGCCGCCGCCAUCAAGAAGGUCUUCCCUCGCUCCAGCCUUGGGAAGCUCUUCCGGAGGCCCACAUCCCCCUCCAUGCUGGCUCGGCUGGAGAGAAGGAGCCCCUCUGAGGACACGGCGGCCAGCACCCCCUGUGGUGGCUUCUUGGAGACAUAUGAGGCUCUGUGUGACUACAAUGGCUUCCCUUUCCGAGAGGAGAUUCAGUGGGAUGUGGACACCAUCUACCAUCGCCAGGGCUGCCGCAACUUCAGCCUGGGUGACUUCAGCCAUCUGGGCAGUCGGGACCUGGCCUUGAGUGUGGCUGCCCUGUCCUACAACCUGUGGUUCCAGUGCCUCUCCUGUGUGGACAUGAAGCUGAGCCUUGAGGUCUCAGAGCAGAUUCUGCACAUGAUGAGUCAGUCAUCCCACCUGGAGGAGCUAGUGCUAGAGAACUGUGGCCUGAGGGGAGACUUUGUCCGGCGACUGGCCCAGGCACUGGCAGGGCACUCAAGUUCUGCCCUCCGGGAGCUUAGCCUCACAGGGAACCUGCUGGAUGACCGAGGCAUGAUUGCUCUCAGCAGACACCUAGAGCAUCGACCUGGAGCCCUUAGGAGACUCUGCCUAGCCCAGACCGGGUUAACUCCUCGAGGAAUGAGGUCUCUGGGCCGGGCGCUGGCUUCCAAUGUGGCCUUUGACACUGCCCUGACCCACCUGGACCUUUCCGGGAACCCUGGGGCUCUGGGGGCCUCGGAGGACAAUGGGGGCCUCUAUAGUUUCCUGAGCCGUCCUAAUGUUCUGACGUUCCUGAAUCUUGCGGGCACGGACACCGCCCUGGACACUCUCUUCGCGGCACUGGCCCGCGGCUGCUGCACCAGCCUCAGCCACCUGGACGCCUCGAGGAAUGUCUUCUCCCGCACGAAGUCCCGCGCUGCGCCCGCCGCGCUGCAACUGUUUCUCAGCCGCGCGGGGACGCUUCGGCACCUGGGCCUGGCCGGCUGCAAGCUGCGGCCCGACGCGCUCAGGGCCCUUUUGGAAGGCCUCGCGCUCAACACGCACACGGGCGACCUGCACCUGGAUCUCAGCGCUUGUGAGCUGCGCUCUGCGGGCGCUCAGGUGAUACAAGACUUAGUGUGUGAUGCUGGCGCAGUGAGCUCCCUGGAUCUGGCGGAUAAUGGUUUCGGCUCAGACAUGGUGACUCUGGUGCUGGCCAUCGGGAGGAGUCGGUCCCUAAGACAUGUGGCACUUGGAAGGAACUUCAACGUCCGGUGCAAGGAGACCCUGGACGACGUCCUGCACCGGAUUGUCCAGCUCGUGCAGGAUGACGACUGUCCCCUGCAGUCUCUGUCCGUGGCUGAGUCACGGCUGAAGCUGGCUUCCAGCGUCCUGCUUCGGGCCCUGGGUACCAAUCCUAACCUGAUGGCGCUGGAUAUCAGCGGCAACGCCAUGGGGGACACUGGCGCCAAAAUGCUGGCCAAGGCACUUCGGGUCAACACAAGGCUCCGGUCGGUUGUCUGGGACCGAAACCACACGUCUGCUCUGGGCCUGAUGGACGUGGCAGAGGCCCUGGAGCAGAACCGCAGCCUAAAGACCAUGCCUCUGCCGUUGAACGACGUGGCCCAGGCACAUCGCAGCCGCCCGGAGCUGACCGCACGUGCAGUGCAUCAGAUCCAAGCCUGUCUUUUGAGGAAUAACCGUGCGGACCAUACCUCUUCUGACCGCACCUCCCGUCCGCAGCCACCGGGUCUGGUCUCAGACCCCUCAGAGCAGGAAGUGAAUGAACUGUGUCAGUCAGUGCAGGAACAUGUGGAGCUACUGGGCUGUGGGGCUGGGCCUCAGGGCGAAGCUGCUGUGCACCAGGCGGAGGAUGCCAUCCAAAAUGCCAACUUCUCUCUCAGUAUUCUCCCAAUUCUGUAUGAGGCUGGGAGCUCCCCAAGUCAUCAGUGGCAGCUGCGGCAGAAGCUAGAAGGCCUCCUAGGACAAGUGGGUGAGGUCUGCCGCAAGGAUAUUCAGGACUUCACUCAGGCCACACUGGACACAACAAGGAGCCUCUGCCCACAGAUGCUGCAGGGGCCCAAGUGGAGGGAGCAACUAGAGGGGGUCCUGGUGGGUUCAAGGGGCCUCCCAGAGCUGCUCCCAGAACACCUGCUACAAGAUGCCUUCACUAGGCUCAGGGAUAUGCGGCUGUCAGUCACGGGGACCUUGGCAGAGAGCAUUGUGGCUCAGGCACUGGAGGGGCUGAAUGCAGCCCGGGAUCGGCUGGUGGAGAGUCUGGCUCAGCAGGCGACAGUGGCAAUACCUCUUGCCAUACCAGCACUGGAUGGAGGUGAGCCCAGCCCCCUUGGGCCUGGGGAACUGGAAGGUCUUUUCUUCCCUGAGGAGGUGAAGGAAAAGGAGGAGGAUGAAGACAAACAGAAGGAUGGCAAUCCCCCACAGAAAUGGCCUGAGUGCAGCCAAGGUCUUCCCCUGGUUCCCUCCACUCACAGUGCUGCUGAGGAGCCGGAGCCCGAGCUGGCGGCUCCGGGGGAAGAUGCGGAGCCGCAGGCGGGGCCUUCUGCGCGUGGCUCUCCGAGCCCCGCCACUCCCGGACCCCAGGCCGGCCUACUGCCUCGCAUGGACCUGCCACCCGCUGGACAGCCCCUGCGCCAUCCGACCCGGGCCCGGCCGCGGCCACGGCGCCAGCACCACCACCGGCCACCACCGGGGGGCCCCCAGGUGCCCCCAGCCCUGCCGCAGGAAGGGAAUGGGCUCAGUGCCCGCGUGGACGAGGGCGUGGAGGAAUUCUUCUCCAAAAGGCUGAUCCAGCAGGAUCGCCUCUGGGUCGCUGAAGAAGACCCGGCCAACGAGGGGGGUGCCACCCCUGUUCCUCGUACACUGCGAAAGAAGCUGGGUACCCUCUUUGCCUUCAAGAAGCCUCGUUCAACACGGGGGCCACGGCCUGAUCUAGAGACCAGCCCUGGGGCAGCUCCGCGCACUCGGAAGGCUACACUCGGAGACCUGUUGCGGCCACCAGCCCGUCCCGGCCGUGGUGAGGAGUCUGGUGGGGCUGAGGGGGGCACCAGCAGCCCUGACCCUACCCGUAGGAGCCGGCCUCGCUACACUCGGGAAAGCAAAGCCUAUUCCAUGAUACUCCUACCUGCCGAGGAGGAGGAGGAGGAGGAAACCCUGGGUACUAGACCUGACAAGCGACGGCCCCUGGAGCGGGGGGAGACAGAGCUGGCCCCAUCCUUUGAACAGCGGGUACAAGUGAUGCUCCAGAGGAUUGGCGUGAGCAGAGGCAGCGGGAGUGCCGAAGGCAAGAGGAAGCAAAGCAAGGACGGAGAGAUCAAGAAGGCUGGCUCGGAUGGUGAUAUUAUGGACAGCUCCGCUGAGGCCCCUCCCAUCUCGAUCAAGUCCCGCACCCACUCUGUAUCUGCUGACCCCUCGUGCAGACCUAGUCCAGGAGGUCAAGGGCUUGAGUCUACUAGCUGGAAGACACUGGGGCAGCAGCUGAAUGCAGAGCUUAGGGGCCAUGGCUGGGGCCAACAGGACGGCCCUGGCCCCCCCUCUCCUUGUCCCAGCCCCAGCCCACGAAGAGCCAGCCCCUCCCCAGACAGCCUGGGUCUCCCGGAGGACCCUUGCUUGGGCCCCAGGAAUGAAGAUGGCCAGCUGAGGCCGAGGCCUCUCUCAGCAGGGCGACGAGCAGUGUCUGUGCAUGAGGACCAGCUCCAGGCCCCUGUUGAACGGCCCCUGCGGCUGCAGCGCUCCCCUGUUCUCAAGCGGAGACCAAAGCUUGAGGCACCUUCAUCUCCAAGCCUAGGAUCUGGCCUUGGAGCCCAACCUCUGCCCCCACAGUCUACAGAGCCCUCCAGCCCUGAGCCAAACCCACCCUCCCCAGCCACAGACCAAAGAGGCGGCGGCCCCAACCCCUGACCCUCUCCUUUUCCUGCCGCAUGAGAUUAUUUUAUUAAAAAACUCAAAGAAGCAGA